GCGGCGUCCUCGCAGCCUCGCUGCCCCGUCCCGUCCGCUCCCGGCGCCGCGGCUCAUGAGGUGAAGAUGGUGAUCCGCGUCUUCGUCGCCUCCUCCUCGGGCUCCGUGGCGAUAAAGAAGAGGCAACAAGAUGUGGUGAGGUUUCUGGAAGCCAAUCGCAUAGAGUUUGAAGAGGUGGAUAUCACAAUGUCAGAGGAAAAAAGACAAUGGAUGUAUAAAAAUAUCCCUGAGGACAGGCAGCCGGCACAAGGCAAUCCACUGCCCCCACAGAUAUUCAGCGAUGAUCGGUACUGUGGGGAUUACGAUGGCUUCUUUGAAUCAAAGGAGAGCAACACUGUCUUCUCAUUUCUUGGACUGAAACCUACUUUGGCAUCAAAGGAGUCAGAACCCUAGAAAGCCUAUCUGAAGUAUCAAUAAGCACAUCUGGAUGAAUGACCCUGUUCUUCAGCACACAACAGCUUCCCUAAUGGAUCACUGUGAUAGAGCAAACAAGCACCAUUAGUAGUAGUCUGCUUGCCAUGAUAUGGUGCUUUCCAAUAACAUGAAGUUAAUAACACAUAUAUGAAGCAGAAUUAAGGCCAGGCUACUCAUCUUCCUUUUUAAAAAUACUUGUUCAUGUUUCACUUUUGUCUUUGGAUUGCUUCUGCAACUGGCACUGAUAUUCUAACAGACAUGUUUGAGAAUAAGGAAUGGAAGUGUAGGGCUUCUCUUGUUCAUGGAUAUACUUAUGUAGACAGAGUCCUUACCUUUUUAAUUCUUCCAAAUACUGUAGUUGAAAUUAUCCCAUCAUGAUAGUCAAAGUGCUGAUAAUUAUUAGAAUGUUUGUGCUGGCUAUGAUCCAGAAGGUAAAAAUAAUCAAUCUUAAGAUCUUGGUCUAAGACAAUAACUGCCAUAUUUUUGCUCUGCAUUUAUUUACUGUGAUGCUUAUGCUAGAUCAUGUUUAUUGGAAGAGACAUGGUCUGCUAACCUGGUUCAUGAAAACUUGAUUUGUCUAAUGAUGCACAUUGCAACUGGCUGUUGAAAAACGUGAAGGUGGUGCCAAAGUGAAAUAUUUUUAUAUAGUUCCUGUUCCAAAUGCAGGUGAAAUGUGCAGGAAAACACCUGAUGGAAAAUACUAGGUAGUUUGGAAGAAGAGGUCUGAUAGCUAAUGACAAUAUUAAGUUAUCUCUUAAAUCUUAAGAUUUCUUAAUCUUAAGAAGGGUUUCACACCCAAAGUUGGAGCUCUGUAGUUGGGCUGUUUUGAAAUGAGAUUUUGCCAAAGCCUUGAGUUUACCUUCAAUAACACAGAGCUCUACCAUAGCCACAUGAGAGCCAGGGGGGUGCUUAGAGAGCCCAGUCUCAGUCCCUUAGAUGGUUGAACAUUCUACAUUCUACCAAGGCCCAAGAGCUAGCUUGUCCAAGAGCUAACUUGCCCAGCUGUUGUCCUGGUUGUAAUCCCAGGUGUGGAAAUGUGGAGGUGCCUCAAAGACAGUGAGAAAGCUGAGUGUGUGCUCAGCUGCAUGAGACCAUGAUGGUCAGCAAAGCUGAGUAACAGGAGCCAAGUAAAGGAAGUGGAGAUUGUUCCAGAAGGACUGCAUUGAUGCACACAGCAGAACUUAGACCCAUGACUUGCCAAUAACUGUGACAAAAUGCAUUCUAGACAGAAGUCAAGUUGCAUUAUGCGUUUUGAAUCAAGUCUGGCUAUGGAAAUAAUAUCUAUGCUGUAAUGUAGCUUUUACUCAAGGGAUUUCAUAAUGACAGAGUAGUGUCAUUCCAAUAAAUGUCCUUACGUCUUUGGGUAAAUUAAAGACAGCCAUUAUGUGGGAAAGCUUCUUUGCAAUCACAGCAUCACUCAGACUGUGUGGCUUGAAGGAAGCCAAACUUGUAAAAAGUGUAAGUAAGCAACCCUGUCUGUGCAACAAAUCACAUGUUCUGUUAAAAUCAAGGGACACCUGGAGGUCAUCUGGUCUCGCACUGUCAAAAUCAAAGUUAGCACCAACACUAGCUCAGAUCAGAUACAGGUUUGUCUAGCAGAGUGUAAAAAAUAUCCAAGGACGAAGAUCUCAUAACCCUCUAGGUAACCUCUGCCAGCACUGCAGUACUCCUAGUGAAAACUUCCUUUUUAAUGUCCAGCCUCAACUCCCAGGCUGGAAUUUGUCACUUUGCUUAUUUUCUGGCACUCACAGGAAGAGAUUGGCAACAUCUUGUUUGUAACUGCUCUUGAGAAAGUUGUAGGCUACCAUUAGGUCACCUCUUAGCUGCCUUCUUACCAGACUAAACAAAUGUGGCUUCCUCAGUGUUCUUCACAGGCUGUGUGCUUUAGGACCCUAGAUGCUUUGCUUUGGUGGAGGGCUACUUUUUCCAGUUUGUUCACAUCUCUCUUGAACUGGGAGAAGGUCCCAAAACAAUCUUUCAGAUGUGGCCUCACUGGUGCUGAGUAGAGUGGGAUAAUGACUUCCCUCAGCCUGCAGGCUGUGCUUCUAAGGUAGUGAGUGCACUGUGUGCUUUCCCCUGUUUGCAGUGAGUACAUUGGUGGCUUAUCAACCUGGCAUUCACUUAAAAUCUCCAGGUCCCUUCAGCAGGGUGUUGGUCUGUCAGUCACUUCCCAACCCGUACUGAUGCCUCACCACCCUCAAGGGCAAAACUUUCUACUCUUCCUUAUCAAAACUUAAUGAGGUUUCUGUUGUCACAGACACCUCAAAGUUACUGAGAUGCCACUGGACUGAAGCUCUGCCAGGUGUUACCAACCACUGAACCAGGUUCAUGUGUCAUUCACAGAUUUGCUGAGGGUGCAUGCUAGGUCAUCAUUCAAGUCCCUGAUGAUGAUGCUGAACAAGAGGAGAACUGUAACCCUCAGGUUGUGGACAAUGGCUUACUCAUGACUACAGAGGUAGGACAUGAAUAAUGUUCAUGACUACCAGUUGAGGGAGUAAAGAACAGGUUACCUGCCUGUUCAUGUCUUAGCUGCAAACUGCACACAGCUCUGUGGCUUUCCCUUCUAAUACAGAGACAGGAAAGCUUUAAAAAAGGAGACAUUGAAUGAGUCCAUCCAUAAAUCAGUUUCUGUUCAGAUCCUCUGGUGCCUCCUCAGCUCAGUUAAAGGGGGAGAUGAAGGAAAAGUACACAAAGAUUUAAUGUCUAUACUUGUAUUUUCUGGUCAAAACCUAAGCUACAGCACCUUCUCUAGAGGAAUCCUGAACAGGAGUUGGUAACAUGCAUAUACAUAUAUGUAUAUACAUAGAUAUGUAUGUGCAUUUUUAAGAAUGAUGUUGUCUGUGUUAAGUUAUUGUGACAUUGUUGUCAUCAAUCCCGAAUUUUCAAGAGACUUGAACAUCGCUAUAGGAAAGGAAUGUGUUAUGUGGUGGAGCUGUACAUUGCUAACUUCACCAAAUUCAAUGUAACUGUUCCUAAAAAAAGGUAAAUAAAAAUAUUUAACUUUGCAUAAUUUACAUAAUAACACAGCUGAUUACAGAGAAGCCAUCCUGGAUUUAUUGUGUACUUGAUAUGUUGUAAACUUUGAGAACUGCCUGAAGUCCCAGUUUCUAAAAGCUGACUUAAGUGUGUGAGUAUAUCCACAUAAGUAAUCCUGGACAAAAUCCCAGGCUUACUGAUAUGAAAGGCAAAACCACAAUGAUUUCUCCAGGGAUGAGAUUAGUUUCACAAAAUUCCUCCUGAAUUUUGAUUAAUUGUAGAAUAGAAGCCUCCUGUUCACUGGAGACAUAGUCCUGUUAGAGCUGUUAGGUAAACCUAGCUUAUUUCAGAGCAUCCAUGUGGGCAUAAUCAGUUGUAUGGAGGACAACACUAGCUCCAAAGAGACACUGCUGGCCUGCAUGGAUUGGCAGUGUGAGUCCCUUAAGAGUAUGUGCUUUUGAAUUCUAAGUGGCUAGUUUGAAACAAGGAAGUAUAAACAUUGUUUGAAUAUGAAUUUGGUCUGUUGUGUGACAGCCUUAUUUUUGUAAUUAAAGCAGAUAGAGUUCUAGUUUGUUACAUAGAAUGAUGUGGAAUUUUUUAAACCAGCUUUGUAAUGAUGAAAUGUAACUAUUAGGUAACUGAAAAGGCCUGUGGAAACUAGAGCCUUUUAUUGAAAGAAAUAGCAAAAACUUAAUUUUGUUUAAAAUAGUUGGAUAGAAAGGUAUGCUUGAGAACUGAAUGAUCCCACUUUUUUUGGCUAAUACUUGUAACCACCCCACUUUUUAAAAGGGAGAAUAGUGUGAAUUAAACUGUGAGUCUUUGUACCUAGCUCAAGUUGCUGUGUGGGCUGAUGUGCACACACACAUUCACUGUAUCAGUGGCUUUGAUAGAGGUGGUUUUGUUUGUGCCACACACUACUGGAUAGUGCCUUGCCAGAAAGAGGACUGUUACUGUAGGGUCUUCUUAGAUGUGCUUCAAUUUUGAACUGAGAAAGGGGUAGUUUCUAUAUUGCUAUUUUUUUAAUAAUGCAGUAAAUUGAUUUUGAGGCUUGAGUCAAAAGUCACACGCUUUGUAAGGUUGAAACAGGUUUUGAUGAGUCUUCUGAACUGUUGGGUUUUAUUUCGUGUACCUUUCUCUUUUGUUUUUCUUUUCCUUUUUGUUGACUGUCUGUAUUCAAACCUUCCAAGGGAACUGGACCUGGAGUAAAGCCCCUAAACCCAUGUUUACACUUUAACUGAUUUGAGUGGUGAGUGGCCCAAGUGCUAUCACUGAAGUGAAGAGGAGCUACCAAGCUCUUGGGGGAUUUCUUGGUUCUCCUGCCCUGCUCCCCCAUCAGGCCAUUUAUUUAAGGAGUCCAAUUCUGGGAAUAUCAUGAUUCAGAAGUAGUACCCUGAGAUUUUAGGCAGUGCCUUGUGGCACUUCACAGGAGUGCGAGAGUGGGGUCAUCACCAGGAAAGUGCCAAAUCCCAUUAGUCUCCAGUGACUUGCCCACAGAUUUCAGUAGAUCUUGGGGCGAGCAGGGGGAGGAGGAGGGAGCCCCACGUGUUUGCCCUGUGGGGAGCAGGAGUGGAAGACGUGGUGCAGAAGGGCCCAUGGCUUGUUGAUGGCACCCUGAAGGGUGGUCCUCACGGAGGUCCUUGGCUGGCCGUGCCGUGUGUGAACCCACACAGCGCUGCUCUCCACGGGACUCCAGCUGCAUCAUGGCCUACUCUUCACCCUCUUGCUCCCCAAGGAAUUUGGUGGGGGAAACAGAGAACAGCUGCUUGAGAGCAUUCUUUCAGCCAGGGCAGAAAUGGCUUACCCUCUUCUUCCUAUUCUUCGCCUCUUCCUCGUGUGCUUUCUCCUGUCCCGUGUAGACUUACCUGUGUGCAAAGCUUCCACUCCCAACCAUUUGUAACAUCCCUGUGAGGUUGCAAGUGCAGAGUUGGUGUUCACCUUCAUGGCAUCAGUGUUUCCUAACUCAGUGGGAUAGGGAGCACUUCGCAUCCUAGGCUGUGUACACGUGGAAUUUUAAAUUAUAUGUUAAAAUCGUGUUCAUCUAAUAAAAAAUACAAUUAAAAAAUA